UUACGCAAUUCUCAUUGAUCUGGAACUGCAAAAUUUAGGGUUUUGUUUGCCUCACCCACGCCGUCGGCUCCUCCCCCUCCCCACCUCCACCUCUCCCCGCGAAGGAUCGGCGGCGGCGGCGAGCGCCUUCCCUUGUCGAAGUCCACCCGGCGGCAGAGCAGAGCCUCGUUGCUGAGGAGGGGGAGAUGGCGGGCAUGGGAGAUAUGCCGAUGAGGCCGGCGCGUCCGGGCCCGCCGAUGCAGCACCGCGGGCCGCCGCCGAUGGCGCGCCUCCGCCCCGAACCAAUCGACCGUGAGAAGACCUGUCCUCUGCUGCUCAGGGUUUUCACAAGGGUUGCUGGUCACCAUCAAAAUGAAGAGUUUGCUGUGAGAGGGAAGGAACCAAAGGAUGAAGUUCAGAUUUACACAUGGAAGGAUGCCACUCUCCGCGAGCUCACUGAUCUUGUGAAAGAGGUUGCUCUUCCAGCAAGGAAAAGGAAUGCGAGGCUUUCUUUUGCAUUUGUAUACCCAGACAAGAAUGGUCGUUUUGUUGUCAGACAGGUGGGUUCGACCUUCGCAUAUGGUCAUGGAAGAGGUGAUGAUGCCAAAACUCUUGCAGAGCUCGGGUUCCAGAUUGGUGAUUACUUGAGCGUUGCAAUCAUGUAGACGGUGCCCACAAUGAAUUCAGCGACUGUACCAGAUGUAACUGCUGUGAUGUCAAAAGGCUUUAGUUGCAACAAUCAAGGGUUGAAUUUCUGUUAGCACUAGGAAGUGGAACCAAAAUUGUCUGUAAUACUGGUAGUAUCAAAUUAAUUACCUAGACACUUCGAACGAGCAACUGAGCAAGGCUUCUGGUAUGGUUGCUUUUGCUUGUAUAAUAUGGCACUUAUCUGUGCCUCUGUGGUGCCUGAAGUUUCCAAAUCUGGACAACGUGCGUUUUCAAUGGAGAAUGUUUAGUUGGGCUGACUGAUAUUUACACCCACA